GUAUAAUAUAUUUUCAGUCUUUAUUACAAUGAAAAUUGUGUCUGGACUACGCAGCAAUGUACGUACGAUAGCACAGAAACUGCCGGAAGAUAACGAGGUGAUGUAAUUUUAUAUACAUUUGCUCUUUUUAGGAUUAUUAUUAAUGUUUAUUAUAGCACCAUCCUUUUGGACAUAGAAACGAAAUGUAGCACAUUUCGAAAUGUACACCGGACAGUUGAACCAAGGAUACAGUGUCGUGGUGUGAAGAAGUAUUUUUGGUAUGUUACUGGAAAAAAUGGAGAUAAAGAUAAUUUGUAGGAUAUCACUCAUAUCACAGUUCCGUUAAAAUAAGACUAAGUUGAGCUUCAUUAGCGAUUGGCUUGGUUGGACUGUACAGUUGAAUCUUUGUACUUUGCUGUGUUUAUAUGUUUGCAUGAGUGAGCCAAUGUGAGAACUUCACACUUUUCACAUAGUUAAUUUGGAAAUUCUUUGUAAAUCUCUUAUCUUUGUUAUCUUGUUGAUAUACCUGACUUGUAUGAAGGCUCUUGUUUGGAGAAAGCAUUUAAGCACCUCAAUAGGAAUGUUAACAUGGUUACCAAGUUUUGACAGAAUAUGCUGUACCACUUUCUUUACUCGGCUACCAUUGUCACUUCCGAUGUUUUGUUGUUCUGAUGUGCAUGACUGCAGCGUGGAAUGGGGUGGGGCCUGCGUGUUAUGAAGAUGAAAGAAAUAAAAAGAUGGUGUGGCUAAGCACUUGUUUCACUGUCCUCAGUGCUUGUGGUUGAAGAAAGUACUUUGAUUGAGGACUUUCCCAGAGCAAAACAUUGCAAUCUGAAGGGAAGGGAUGGUCAUAUGAAGAAACUUUCCAAAAUGUCAGUUUGAUGAACUUGCCUCUUGCUAUGAGUGACAGUUGAUGAGUGAUCAUUACCCCCUGGGCACCCGCGCCCUCGUGCUUCUGGUGGUGGUCUUAGUUGCUAAUCAUCGUCGCAACAUUUUUUAUGCCUUCUGGAAAGCUUGCAUAUAAUACGUCAUCUAAUGGAUACUUUAGACUGCUUCAACUUCUUGCAACUUUUCUGAACAUUUUUCCUUUGGUCUCAACUUGUCACGUCGGAUGUCCACACGGCACAGUGGAUUCAUAUGGAUUUCUGUGCAUAAAGGCUAUUUUUGUGAAUGCGUUGCUUUGAAAGGUUUCUUUUUUUAAACUGAACUGAUGCAGUAGAGUCAUUUUUGAGAAGCUGAUAGUCUUUUAUUUAGUCAAGAAAUCCCAGCCACUGCCAUGUUCACAAGAGCCUGUCCUGUCCUAAGUCAGUUUAGGCCUAAUCCAUUACAUUUGUUUAAGAUCCAUUUUAAUAUCAUCAUCCCAUCUAAGUGGUCUCAUCCUAAAGGUUUCCAGACCAAAAUUCCACAUGAACUUCUUGUCUCUCACACGUGUCUUUUUGGAAAUGAAAUCAAAAUUGUUAUACUUUUAGUGCAAUACGUAGAAUAUGUAAUAUGUUAAAAGUGAACCGAAAUAUUUUGUUGGCAAAAUCAAUCAAAAAAUAGUUUAUUGCUGGAAAUUAGAACCUCCAAACAGCCGAGCAUCCUCAUUUUUAUGUUGACAGCCGACUAAUAAAUUGGCGCAAGAAAGAACGGAUUAAUUUUUAAUUAAGACUUAGUGUAAUUUCAUACGAAAUUGUUUCUAAGGUUUUAUUAGACUGGAAAUAUAGAAGCCUUAUUAAAUAUCGCCAUGCCCACGAGCAUGUUUGCCUGUCCCUUCAUUAAUUAACCUCGUGUCCUGCCUGUUGCGUCAUCUGAACGGAACGAGCGACCUGUGAGGAUGGUAGUUAUUUGCGAGGGCAGGGUCGAGCUGCGGCCUUUUGCGAACGUAACAGGUUUAUUCGUCCUUCAUGUUGGCAUUUCCGAUUGUAGUAAAUCAAACCAUACGAGUUCAGGAUUGCCUUCAGUGGCGUAACGUCCAAAGCAAACUUCAUAAAAAUGUGUGUAUCGGUUCGAGUUGAAUCAUACAGACAGACAGACACGGUCAGCGCUGUAUGCGUUCGUUUCGUGCAAAGAACGUGUCUUUGAAACCCUGCUUGAAAUGUUUUAUAGUAGUCUGAUAUGUUCUUUAAACCAAAAUAUUUUUUUCUGUGUGUGUCGCAAUGUGUACGUUGUCCAAAUAAAUGCGAACGCACUACGUAAGUUGCCCUUCUCCUGAAAUCCAUUCACACUUUAGAUCUGCUUCCAAGAAAAGUGAGGUAACCCUCGUCAAUGUCGGUCUUCUGGGUAGCAGGAAUAUUAAUUCCAUCUUGAGCCGUGAAGAUGGAGGCAGUCCAUUCCUGAGUUAGUAUGUUCGGUGUUGAAAGAACUUGCUGGUCGAGAAGUGGAUCAAGGCGAAGGAUGUUUGGACGUGUUCGGCUUUAUCUCGCCCGGUGUUUGUCAGGGCUUACACCGGAAGUUUGUUCCACGAACGACGACUCAUUUGCAUUGCCAUGUUCUCGCUUAUCUCGGCAAGGAGACGUUCGUUGCCUGUUGCCUCUGUCAGUUCCAGCCCGCAGAACUGCCGUCAGGGCAUACAUAGUUCGCCCUUUCCGCUUCAAAGUUUCGAACCAGUUGAUCGGAAGUUUACAAACUUAUGCCACACGCAGGAAAUUGUACUCUGAUUUCCAUUUCAUACUUUCAGCGCCGAGUAACUUCAUGGAAUAAGGUCCUUCUUCAAAAACUAUCAGUGGCCCAGCUUCUCAAGAUAUUCCCUGCCUUCUUUGGAACCCAAAGGGCCAUUACCGUAUUCAGAAGUGCCCACCAGUGGUCCCUAUUCUGAGCCAGAAUGACUCUCGUAAUGAUUGUUGCCACAUCUGCGUAAAUAGACGGGUGACGCAGACUGCAGACAUUGCGAAUUGUCAGUCUCUAGAAAACGGAUCUGAAGGAAGUGUUGUGGCCUUCUUGUAGGACACGCCGAGGAACAAAAAGGGCAAGACUUACUUCUUCGGGUUCCUCUAUGUCGCAACUUUUGUGUCGCCGCGAAUGUCUGAUGAUGUCACGGCGUAUUUGCUCUUCCAACUUUCCACCUUUAACCACAGAAUUUUGUGUUCCGUUCCUCCGCCCUCCAGUACAAACACACCCCGUUCCCUUCUCCUUCCUAUUUCCUCCCGCUGUGUCAACAGAUGUUUGGGUUUGCGUAUGGCGGGUCUGCGAGAAAUAUCCAUGUCUGGAUUCGAAGCAAUCAUUACUACCACGUAGAUGGUUCAGGAAACAUCUGCGAUGGUCCCGUCGGCUGUGCAAUUGCUGGCGGCUCUAUUUGGCGUCGUCGAUUCCCAUUUCCACGGUGGUUAUACGUACGACCAGCCUCUGGUCCCGUUCACAGAGCGAGACAAUGCGUCUACGUACACCAAGCAGCUGAGUGGCGACCAGUGUGUGGCCAGCUACGGGGCUUCGCAGUUCAGACUACAGUCGCCCAGAUUUCCCGCGCCUUAUCCACCUGGGCUACAGUGCAUCUACGUGGUGGAGGCCGUGUCGACGGACAUCUGCCUCCUACAGGCAACGUUCUUGACCUUUGACCUGGGUGACUGCGAGUCUGGUGACCAUGUUAUUAUAGCUGGACAGAGACUUUGCGGCAGUGUGAACGGAGUUCAAACGUUCCGCUUCGGGCGUCCCAGAUCGUUGAUCCUGUUCAGAACUGGGGCUGCGGAAGGGCGGAAGGGGUUCGACAUAGCGGUCCGCCAGGUACCGUGUCCACUCACGUCGGUCCCCCACCGGGAGUGCAGCGCGAACUUCAGCGGUCGCAGCUUCGUGCUGCAGAGUACCGGGUAUCCGGCUUCGUACCCCGGCAACGUACAUUGCCAGUACGUGAUUCGAGCCGCGGGUCCGUCGCCCCAGCAGUCUCUGUGCCAGGCGGCGUUCAGUUUCGAGAGCUUCAACGUCGACAGUUCCGAAGGCUGCAGCAGGGAUCGGCUAGAAAUCGGUGACCAGGAUGUUCUCUGCGGUUUCUUCAACGGAGUGAGGACUUACGAAUUUGUGGGCGAGUUACGCGCUCAUUUCUAUUCGGACGAUUUUGGGAAUCAAGGGGGAUACAGAAUCAGCGUCGUGCAACAGGGUUGCAGGAUUCUGAAUCUUCUUCCAUCUGGAGGAGUAGAUCCAGUGCCACCUACCCCAGUCUCCCCCCCAUUUCAUCUCCCACUCUGCUGCGGCAAGGUGUACAGUGGACACCAAUUCUUCCUUGCGAGUCCCGGAUUCCCGUUUAGCCAUGCAAAUCAAGAUACAGACUGCGUAUACGAGAUCCACCCUUCGAGUCCAGGCGUGUGUAAACUCAGGAUUCUGUUCAAGUUCUUCAGGGUCGGACAAGAGGAGAGUUACGGCGUGUGCUCGGGUGGAUUUCUAGAAAUAGAUGGACGGCAGUACUGCGGCUGCGUACUGGGUCUCACGGUCACAUCUGCGUUCGAUGAUCAGGGGAGCGGGCGACAGAAAGCCUUGCGUUAUAGGAACGUCGCUAAUUCUGGUGGAUUCUUAUUGGAAGUAUUUCAAGAGGAUUGUACAGGUUUUCCAGCUUGGGUUAGGCAAGAUACCAGCGGUCAGUUCCAACAACAUUACAAAACCACAUCUCCCUAUUACAGCGUUAAUGUCGGUAUUUCUAACUCGUCUUCAUCUGCAAUCAUGGCCGAUACGCGCACUGAGGAGCAGAAAACCUUUAGAGAUCCCACCUCUGACAGUAACGCAAACCGAUCCGAUGGACAGUACUUCAGGACCCUGGAGCAGGCGCCUCGCGUCUCAGGCUAUCCUCGUGAAACCGAUGGUACAGGUGACAAAUCGCUCGUUUUUGCAGUUGGCGCUACUGACAGAAACAAG